AUUUGGAUAUUAGAGUAUUUUAAGGUCUAUAAAAAUCAGUUGGGGGCAAAACGGUCGGCCAGGAAUUGGCAGUCCUGCCCUCCCUCCAUCCAUCAACUCCCAAUUUCUUUGGAGCUCAAACUGCUACCUUAGAUUCUUCAAAUUUCCCGGAUAAAAUUCCUCCCAUUAAAUAUCCUUUUCUCGAUUUCAUCGUAAGUUUCUCACUGCUUACAUUUCUGUUUCAUCUUUUUAGAGUCAAAGUUAGGGACUUCGGUUCAAAAACACUAGUUAAAGAUCGUAGCUUUUGUAUUUUAUGGUUCAUUUUUCUUUGAUAGUUGAAUUAAAUGGAUAUUGAUGAAAUACUUGGGGUAUCUCGGCCUGUGAGUCUGACAAACAAGAGUGCGAUUUAUGUUUGGGGUUACAAUCAAUCUGGGCAAACAGGUCGGAGAGAGGAAGAGAGGAGUUUGAGGAUCCCAAAACAGCUUCCUCCAGAGCUAUUUGGAUGCCCAGCUGGUGGUAAUUCCCGUUGGUUGGAUAUUGCUUGUGGUCGAGAGCAUACUGCUGCUGUGGCUUCUGAUGGAUCGCUUUUUACAUGGGGAGCUAAUGAAUUUGGUCAGCUGGGUGACGGAUCUGAAAAUGCUAGGAAGCACCCCAAGAAAGUGAAACAAUUGCAAUCUGAAUUUGUUAUUAGUGUUUCAUGUGGAGCACAUUGUACUGUUGCCAUUGCAGAACCACGUGAAAACGAUGGUAGCAUGUCAGGUCGGAGACUUUGGGUCUGGGGACAGAACCAGGGAUCCAACUACCCACGACUCUUUUGGGGUGCCUUUUCUCCUUCUACGGUUAUUCGCCAAGUUUCUUGUGGUGCUGUUCAUGUUGUAGCGCUAUCAGAAGAAGGGUUACUACAAGCUUGGGGCUAUAAUGAAUAUGGUCAGCUUGGCAGAGGUGUUACAUCUGAAGGCCUUCAAGGCCCUCGUGUAAUUAAUGGAUAUGCUAAAUUUCUUGAUGAAGCCCCUGAACUUGUGAAGAUUACCCAAGUGUCAUGUGGGGAGUACCAUACUGCAGCUAUAUCAGAGAAAGGCGAGGUCUAUACUUGGGGAAUGGGGAGCGUGGGACAACUUGGCCAUUGUUCCCUUCAGUCAGGUGACAAGGAACUUUUACCUAGGCGUGUAGUUUCCCUUGAUGGCAUAUGUAUUAAAGAAGUUGCCUGUGGUGGUGUUCACACCUGUGCUGUGACUGCGAAAGGGGCUCUUUAUGCUUGGGGUGGAGGUCAGGCUGGGCAAUUGGGAGUUGGGCCAUUAAAUGGAUUCUUUUUGUGCAAGCUCAAUGAAUCUGAGAUGAUGCUCCGAAAUAUACCAGUGUUGGUUGUUCCAGAUGGUGUGCAACUUGUUGCUUGUGGGCAUUCACACACACUGAUUUCUGCUAAAGAUGGACGAAUACAUGGAUGGGGUUAUAACUGCUACGGUCAAGCGGCUAAUGAGAAGUCUACAUAUGCCUGGUAUCCAUCACCAGUUGAUUGGUGUGUUGGGGCAGUCCGGAAAUUGGCUGCUGGUGGUGGACAUUCAGCAGUGCUGACUGAUGCAUGCUCGCUAAAGGAGUUGUGUGAAUUUAGGCUUGCAGAAACAGUGAAUCCAUCCAAUGCUUCAGUGGUUGAGGAUGUCGCCUCAAGAACAGGAGCUGAUGCUUUAGCACGACUUUGUGAAAGAUUGAGGGAGCAUUACUACAAUGAUGAUGAGUUUGGUCUGUGAAAUGUGUUAAAUAUGUAAUAUAUCAGUUGGGAUUGAUUCUUGAAUUCAUCUAGUACAAUAGCAGUGUCUUUGUUUCAUCAUGUAUUCUCCUUUUUCUGGAGCUGCUGCAUCAUCGAAUUGUUGGUAGGUUUUAAUUUGAAAUGAAUUGUAUAUGCUAAUACAAAACAUGUACUCAUAAUUUAACCAAAAAUUGAACUAGUCUGAAUAAACUCCGUUUUCAUUUC